GCUGUUUCCUGUCUACAGUGUCUGUGUAAUGUAGAUAAAUGUGAGGAUUUUCUCUAAAUCCCUCUUCUGUUUGCUAAAUCUCACUGUCACUGCUAAAAUCAGAGCAGAUAGAGCCUGCGCAAUGGAAUAAAGUCCUCAAUAUUGAAAUGUGACAUUGCUCUCAACAUCUCACAUCUCUCUGGAUUUCUUUUUUCUCAUCAUUACUGCUAACAAAUUCAUUUCCAGACUUUGCACUUUUAAGAAGCAAUGGAAAAAAUCAACAGUCUUUCAACACAAUUAGUUAAGUGCUGCUUGUGUGAUUUCUUGAAGGUGAAGAUGCACACUGUGUCCUACAUCCAUUUCUUCUACCUUGGCCUGUGUUUGCUUACCUUAACCAGUUCUGCUGCUGCUGGCCCAGAAACACUCUGUGGUGCUGAGCUAGUUGAUGCUCUUCAGUUUGUGUGUGGAGACAGGGGGUUCUACUUCAGUAAGCCUACAGGGUAUGGAUCCAGCAGUAGACGCUUACACCACAAGGGAAUAGUGGAUGAAUGCUGCUUCCAGAGUUGUGACCUGAGGAGGCUGGAGAUGUAUUGUGCUCCAAUAAAGCCACCUAAAUCUGCACGCUCUGUACGUGCUCAGCGCCACACUGAUAUGCCAAAAGCACAAAAGGAAGUGCAUUUGAAGAAUACAAGUAGAGGGAACACAGGAAACAGAAACUACAGAAUGUAAGAACAUGCCAUCCACAAGAACGAAGAAUGAAUGUGCCAUCUGCAGGAUACUUUGUUGUAAAUAAAUUAUUUGUUAAACAUUGGAAGACUUAAAAAAACCUAUGGUUUAAUAAGCUUGAUGCAAUCUCAACCAAUGGGCAUUCUCCCAGUGAACAAUGCAACUAAACAUUCCAAUACUAAGUCUUUAGAGAACAGAACAUUUUAACCAGCCCAGAGCUAAAAAAUUCUGUGGUUGAUAUAUUACUGUUUGUUAAUCUGUUUUAAAUGUCCUGCACAAAAUCUCUUAAAGUCCUGUGCCCCUCAAAAGCCUACAAAUUUAUGGGCCUUUGAUGGAUCCAAUUGCACUAAAUUAACCUAUGAACACAGGCUGCUGAAGUCAUUCAUCAGCCUUGUCUAAGUGGUGUUUUUUUUAUUUGCACUUCUAUACAAGCAACAGGCUGUUUGUUUUACAGUGUCUGAUAACAUUGUUUGUCUACCCCUUCAUAUUUGCACAGUUUGACAUUCCCAGUAACAGCAGCAGUAAGGUAACAUAUACAGUUUUAAACAUCCAUUAAUUAAUUCCAUCUGUGGCAUUUUGACAGAAUAUGGGUUAUAGAUACAUUUGUUUUAAGACAGUUUUAUUUUUCCUUCUCUUGCAAAGAUGCAAUUUAUUGCAAUUUGUGAGACAAAAGAUUUUUAAAAGCAGUUAAAGCAUACAUAGGCUCUCAAACCUUUAAUGAUCCUUCCAGGUAAUUAUUUUGCAACAGUAUAGGUAACUUCUUUCUUCCUCCAUAUAAUGCAGUAUGUAAAAUUUAGCAUAUCAAUAAUACACAUAUAUCAAACAGUAUGUAAAAAUCUCUGUUUUAUAGUACAACGGUGCUAUUUUAUAGUUUGCUACAUGAAAGGGUCUGGCCAAAAUGGUAAUAGGUAAAAGCAAAUAUCGAAAGGUCAAGCCAAAGAUUAAAUAACAAAAUAGUUUUAACAAUAGUUAGUUUAAAUGAACUAAAAUGGCUUCAGAUUCCAACACUGAAAUAACUUUCCCAUCUUCAAAAGAAAAGUCAGAUUCUUUUUUUCUGUUAGAUGUUUGAAUGGUGGUGUUUUCACUUACUUACGGUUAUGUGGAACACAAAUUCAUAGAUUCCUAGGCCCAGAGAAGACAAUUUGAAAAACAACCCUCAAAUGACUUUAAGAGGUAGCCCAUCAGGACCUAAAUCUUUCUGAUAUAUCGGCAUCUCAUUCAAACAUAACAGAAGGUUACUCAAGUUCUCUGUCAUUUUAAUUCUUCCCACAAUCAGAUGUGACUAAAUUGACUGUUAAAUAGGCUGCUGCAUCAUCCUGUAAAUCACAGAAGCUAAUCUAAUCACCAAAUUACAGUAUAGAAAGAGUCCUCAAGAAGAAGAAGAAGAGAUGAACCAGAAUGUCCUUCAAACUGUUACAAUCACCUUUCAUGCAGUUUUGUGGGAGACAUAUUUCCAGAUAGUCUCUGCCAUGUAACCUUGAUAGGUACUGCACUGAUUCUACCUUGAAUAACACUAUGUCCUACGCUUCAUUUCAUAAAUCCACUCAGUGCUGGAUCAGCCGCACAGUAAGGAGUGAUAGGUAGCCAAGUGUUCCAAGGCGAGCAAUAAACUCAUCUGCGAGAGAGCGGAAGAGAAGGCAGGGGAGAAUUCACUGUUCCACCCCGUCCAAAACUGCAAUGUCGUUCUACUUGACGUUUUUCCCCCCAGAAAACCCUUGCAUGUGGCAAGCUCAAACAAGGGGUGAAGUAUCCCUUGGCCAGCCCCAAAGAGGGCAGGGAGAAUACUGGAUGAGGGAAGCAAUCAGGGAGAUGUUGGAUCAGAUCUGUAAAGGAAGUAUCUCUUUUUAAAGGCUCAAAACUGCCUUCCUUUCUACUACACCUAUGGGAGCAGACGACUGAACUAUUAAUUAAAACACAAGAGAAGAAUCUCUGAAGGCUGAAUAUUUUACAGUUCCUCAGUAGUUUCUCGUGAAACAGGCAGGAAAAGUAGGUCUUAAAAGUUUAACGAAUAAUUAUAGUUCCCUUUUGAUUCCCAUAGAAAGUUAGAUUUUUUUUCCAAGGAAAGUGCAAUAUAUUUUAUGAUUCCUAUACAAUUCUUUAUACCCUCCGCUUUCUGUGAGAUGCAUGUUUAUAUGCACAAUAGGCUGCCAUCACAAUGUAAAAGUAGAACAGUAAAUGAAUAAAAAGAAUAUAUCACAGCUGUCACUGACUGAGAUAGUUAUGUUGAAAUGGAAAAAAGUACAGAGAAACAGAUGGGGAAACUAAACUGUUUAGCACCAAUUCAAUACACAGAGGUAGCAAUUCUAAUAUCUGUCACAGCUCUUACAGGUGUCUUUUUUGGUGGAGAGGACGGAGAGGGAAGUAUUUUUACUUCAGUGGCUGUUAAGAAUU